AUGCCUGAACGAUGUGAUCUAGAUUCGAUAUUGUAUCGAAUAAUCGAGGCAAUCCUUCAGCUCUGCGUAACUGGACCACCUGGACCACCAGGACCUCCUGGACCGGAAGGUGCUCCUGGAAACGAUGGUGCGCCUGGAAAUGCUGGUGCACCAGGAAGUGAUGGAGGAGGUGGCGGAGGAGGCGGGGGAGAAUUUUGUUUCGAUUGUCCUCCCGGCCCUGCAGGAAUGCCAGGACCACCAGGACCAAAGGGCCCACCAGGACCACCUGGAUCAGCCGGAAUGUCAGCCGCAGCAAUGCAACCUGGCCCUCCUGGACCGCCAGGACCACCCGGACCACCAGGAAUGGACGGACAGCCUGGUGCGCCUGGAAAUCCUGGCAAACCUGGGACACUUAUACAAGGUGGCGGAGGAGGUGGAGGAGCUAUGGGACCUCCUGGUCCUCCAGGACCACCUGGUCCUCCAGGAGCGCCAGGAGCCCCAGGCGAUGCUCUUCCUGGUCCUCCUGGCCCUCCAGGUGAUCCUGGAAUGGCUGGUGGACCAGGCCAACCAGGACCACCCGGUGCUCCAGGUUCUCCAGGUGGUGCCGGAGCUGAGGGCGCAUGUGGCCAUUGCCCCACUCCAAGGCUUGCACCUGGAUAUUAA